CUCCCAGCCAUCCGAGUCGCAUGUGAAGCUUCGCAAUCCUCCGCAGUCACCGAUGAUAGCGUCGAACUCACUACACACUGCAAUGGCGCAGCGAACCAUCUGGGAUGCAAUCGAAAGAUUAGAACGGGCCUGUGAGCAGCACGACACAAGCCUGACGGCGAUCGUCACCAUCCAUCGCCCUCUACUCAGUGGCUUCUGUAGCAGCUACGAAGAACUCGAGACAGCCCAGGUGUUGAAGGAUGAUGUUCGCCGCAUGCACUGGAUCGUUCCGGACACAAUCAAGGAAACCUUGCUGACUGUCGACAAAUCCAACUCUCAGGUCGCCCGUGCCAUGAUCUACCGCUAUGGAGAACUGUCAAACAAAUACCUCCAUCAGGCGCUCAAAUACUUCAACGGCAGUGAAUAUGUCGAGCACAAGGUUAAGCUUCUGGCGGUACAGGGCGCCGCUAUGGCCAAGGUCAAACGCGAGGCAACCAUCGCCGUGGUCAACUUCGUCAAUCGCGGUGGCGGGUUCGAUGCGUGGCUCGCGUCGACCGCAGAGCAACGCAGGAAGUGCUGGGGCUCCGCAUACGGCACCAUAGCACCAUGGGUCGACCUCUUGUUUUUCAGCGAGGAAGCCAAGUCCAUCAACUUCGAGGUCAUACAUGCCGUCCGCGACAAUGAGUUGAUGGACAAGCUUCGUAGGCGUAACAGGAUCGUCGUGCUUCGUAUGCUUGAAGCAGUAUGGACAUGGAUCGUGUCGCAGCGAGACGGGGACCGCUGCGACUGGCAAGUCCGUCAGAUCUGGCGCAGUAUGGGCAAGUGUAGAGAGAUCACUCAGCUGGAUUUGCCUGACGGCAUCGAAGAACUACCGGGCGUGCCAGGCGGAGUUGGCGGUAUCAAUCAUCGUCGGGCCCACAGAGCGGAGCAUGUGGAUGAAUUCGUUGGUGACUCCGACGCUGCGGCGGGUGCGGCCUACGUCCCGUCCUACCUGCCGAUUCCUAAGAAGCGCAGGAUGUGAUGUCAAAGAUCGCGAAACGGUAUAUGGCGCCUUCGCAUGCGAGGUGGACGGAGUCUGCUUGCAUGGUUUAAGUUCGGUCAUAGCCGAGAUACUGCGCCUUACGCCCGUGAAUGCAUGUUACGUCCGUGCAC